AUGGACCCUUACUACGCAGAAAACACUGGUUUUGCCCAGUCUCGACACGCCUGUGGACUUUCUUUGCCUCGUGCCAUGAGAAGCAUGAGUCGUCACGAAAUGGGAGAUCGGUCUAGUAGCUGUACAGGGCCGACAAGUGAGUCAGAUGGCAAGUUACGCAAUCCCCAACGACGUCGUGUUCCAGUGGCGUGUCAAAGAUGUCGGAGAAGAAAGAUUAAAUGUAGUGGGGAUUCCGAGGAUGGUCAAGGUUGCUCGAAUUGUCAUAGCGCCGGUGAAAACCUAUGCCAAUUUACCAGAGUCAAUUCUCAACCUGUUGAUGAAUUUAAUACCCAAAUGCUCAGUGACUGGGUUCAAUCUCACCGUGCUGACAGACCCGGUGCCAGUGGCUGGCAACCUUAUCCCAAUAUGAGACCAGCAGCUGCACCAUCCCAACUUGGGGUGAUCCCGACACAUGCCCAAUCCAAACCGACCCUCCUUUCUAUGGGCUCAACACAACCUCAGACCCGUGUCAAUGCCUAUCAACAACGCUCUGCCGAUUUUGAUCUGGGUGCUGCUGAUGCACAUGCUUACCAGAGAUCAGGAGGUGUGAGCUCUAUGCACUACGAAGACGAGACAUCGUCAAGCCACCCUCAUCCCUCUCAAUACAUAUUACCCAAUACUUCACCGGGGGUUAUGAUGGACUAUGGAAUUCCAGCAUGGAGUCCUAAAGCUUGGGACUCAAUGUUCGGGACUGGCAGACAUACCAAUGGAAACGUCUAUCCUGAGUCUGAUGCCAAUACUUCUUUCAAUCAGUCACACUUUACCUACAUGCUCCCUAGUCAAGACCACUCUGUCGGAGAUCUAUCUCAACCCAACAGCGCCACUAUGAGUGAAGGAUCCUCUGAUGCCCCAGGACCAGACCGUACACUACCUAGCCCUACAUCUCGAGGCCAACAGGGCCCUAACUCUGCGACGGAAUUCAUUCCAACAGAGGGAAAUCCAAACCUACCUUGGUCUUCACCUGACUUUAAAGCCGGCUUUUGGAGUCCCCGUAUAGCCGCUUCACCUGACCAUCGACCAAGUUCCACUCACACUGUCCCAACCAACACACCAUUCACUACUGGUCCCGAACUUUCAAACAAGGGUAUCAGCGUCAAUGGAACUGGCUCAGAGUUACUUUUCCCAUAUCUUCCCAUGCCCACCACCUCCGAAGACACAAUGCAAUCUCUAGUAUCCUCAUCCACAGCUCCACCACCCCCAAUCUCCACGGCGGGUAUGAGCCCGGCUUAUCCCAUUCUCGAGACCCUUGACAAUACCGGAUCUGACUACCCAAGUAUACACAAUGACACAAGAAUCACUCGCAACCAUUCCCGGGACCACGGCAAUGCAGGUCAACGGCUUCUUGCGUUGAACGAAUGCACACCGGCCAUCUAUGGCUAUAGCACCAGCGAAAAGAGUAAAGCGCGUGGCAGCGGCCCCGAUGCUGAAUCCCACACCUUACUCAGUGGCCUACCAUAUACACGUGUACAGCACCGGGACACAUCCAGCACUGCAUUCUCUUUCAAUUCGUCGCCGGAUGCACUGCCCGAGUAUCACCGUGCUGUGGUCGAGAACGUGCACCGGCCACCUGCCGUUGAGCCUUUGGGUAACCAGGGUUCUUAUUAG